AUGGUCGUCAUUGACGUCCGUGGGGUCUUCACUCUUCGGGUCAGCGCCUGUAACUGUGGGCUGGGUCAAAGGCGGAACAUCCUGUCUCAGCUUCUCGCUCAUGGCUGGUAUCCCGCGACCACGACGGACCCAGAGACUUGCGCUACACUGGAAGUUCUGGAACUCUUCCGGCUCUUGCAGAUGGUCGGAAAUAUCAAUGUCAAUGACUUCAUUGGCUCAAUUGAAAGACUGACUGAUGCGACCCGUCUUGAGGCAACUCCCGAUCGUUACAAGGCAUUCUUCCGGAUGCAUCGGCAAUAUGCUUACCUCAUUCGGGCGAAACGGGCCGGGCGGGGGGGCAUGACUCAGGCGGCCUUGCAGAGACAGCCACGGGUGAGUUGGCCGUGUCUUGCUGGGCAUGCCCUCAACCUGGACGAAACUUGCCGGAUGGUUGGAAACGGGUCGACCGCCCGCAACGGUAAGACUUAUCGACGGGUUGCUGUCGCGUCGACACUAACUAACUUCAGGCUCAAGAAUCGCAUCCGAGCUAACGAGCGGCAAGAUCCGGCUCUGGCGAAAGGGAAGGGUUACUUUGUUCAAUCCGACGCCUACAAGCGACAUUUGCGGGAAUACGUGGCUGAGAAGGAGGUCCACAGUUGUGCUACAUUUGCUGCUCUGGUCCAACAAGACACGAAGGUUACCACGGGUUUGAGGGUCUCUGGCGUGGGCGGAGUAGUCUGCGCUCGACACGGACUAGUUCGGAAACAGGGAAUGGGUGACUUACAGAAAGGCGAGAGAUACGCUAACAUCGACUACAUCGUAAUGGCGACGCUGCAGGGCGAGAAAGUUAUCAACGUGACUAUCAGCUACGAUAUCGCCUGCCAUUGGCAGGUUCUCUUGCCUGUCAGGGGCGAACGCAUCCACCAACGCGGAGAUCUGUCGACGGACCUCAGCAAAUACAAAAUGCAGUUUGCGCUGCCAGUCUGGCAUGCGUCCGCGCAUGAAAUAAAUUGCCGUUCGAAGAACACUCUAAGCUACGGCGCUACGAAAGAGAUGGGAGAAGGCGCUCGACACGAUACGCUCGAGGAUAAGAUUGACCAUUUGAAUUUCGAAAAAAAUGUUGGACAAGGGAAAAUCCUCAUGCGAAAACUCAUCGUUGCUCUGGCUGAGCGGCGCACGCAAGAGGAUGAGUUUGAAGAGAUGACAGAGAGCGUAUCGGAGGAGAAACUGAAGGUUUGGGAGAAAAUGGUUGUUGACUGGGAGAAAGACCAUGAAAAACCCAACCCUUUCUUAAUCGUUGGGGGCCAAGAAGCGGGACCGUCGGAAAGAGAGGUCAUGCAGCAACUGAAGGCCGCCGAAGUAGAGGACGCGCGCUCUGGUCGAGCGCCGUUGGUCCCGGAAGGCAAGAUGACGGCUGCUGGCUUUGUUAAGGCUGGCUUCCAGCUUGAGGAAUCUCAACGUCGCAUCUUGGCAGAACUCAAAGCCAAGACUAUCAUCUCCGCGGACCGCUCGAGCGCAAUACAAGAACAGCGCUUUUCCUUGCACAAACGAUUGAAGAUCUUCAACGACUUGCAACUGACUUAUAUGCCUGGGGUCGAAGAUCUCAGGGCUCGUGAAGAUGAACUACGAGAUCCAGACGAGCCUCCUCCGAAAGCUGAGCAUAUCAAGAUCUACUUACCUUCGGAACUGUCGGCUGACGAUCGCCGCACCUAUUGUCGACGUGGGGUUGCCGAUGCAGAAGCCAAAUUACGGCUCGGACAAUGUGCUGACGCCUUGAUGGUGUUGCGGGGUGGCGCAAAAGGGGGCGACAAGGUCCGCCACGCUGUUGGAACACAUUGGAGAGCGCAUCGCUAG